AUGACCACAGAACCCAAAACUGCGGCAGAGGCAACGGAUCUUUCGAAGGAGGUAAUAGCCGCAUUGGACCAAACUGGACAGCAGAUAUCCCAGAUCGUUGAAUCAUUUAUCGAAUUGGGGGUCCUUGUCCAUGAUUUCCAAGCAGCAGAAACCUCAACCGAAUCUCUAGCCUACAGACUAAACCAGACCGUCGAACAACUACAGUCGCUCACAAAUUCACACAAAGCAGAACUAUCUCAAAUACCUAUCCCCAUGGAUGUGUUGCAUUACAUCGAGGAUGGGCGGAACCCUAACGUCUAUACGAGGGAGUUUGUCGAAAGCACCAAAAAAUCAAACCAACACUUGAGAGGAAAGAGUAUUGCGUUCAAGCAGCUAAGAGAUAUAUUGGGGAAUAAGAUUGCUGUGGAAUUUCCUGAGUUGACAGACACUAUUGAACAUGUGUACAAGAGAACUGAUUGA